UUUCUGUUUCUGUUUGGUUCUACGCUGUUGGCCUCCGCGGUGUCAAGCGGGUUUUGCAACGUUAAUUUAAUCGACACCUGCGACAACAAACCAUUUUAAAACGAGGAUUUUUGUCUGUGUUUUCUAUUUACAGGAGAUAAGAGGAUGGAUGUGGCUGAACACCGGGCUUCUUGUUAACGGAUUUCAAUGCGGACUGACGGUCAUGUCGCCUCCCUCACAGAAACUGCCUGGUUCAGGCUGAGUUUGUCGGUAUGACAGGAAUGAAGACAUAUCUGCAACAAGUGUUGAUAACUGUUUUAAAAGUCAGCAUCUCAUUACCCUGCUAUCAAGAUUUCCCAUACAGAUUUUCAAAUGAAAAUGGAGGAUAUGCCCCUGUCAGGCCCAGACAACACCAAGCUGGAGGCCUUGGUCCAUGACAUCUACUCGGAGCUGGUGGAAGAUGCCUGUUUGGGCCUGUGUUUUGAGGUGCAUCGUGCUGUGAAACAGGGCUAUUUCUUCUUGGAUGAAACGGACCAAGAGAGCAUGAAGGAGUUCGAAAUUGUGGAUCAGCCAGGAGUGGACAUAUUUGGCCAAGUGUACAAUCAGUGGAAAAACAAAGAGUGUGAGUGCCCGAACUGCAAAAGAUUGAUAGCGGCCUCUCGCUUCGCCCCGCACUUGGAGAAAUGUCUGGGAAUGGGCCGCAACAGCAGUCGCAUUGCCAACCGCAGGCUAGCCAGCAAUAAUAACAUGAGCAAAUCAGAGAGUGAUCAGGAAGACAAUGAUGACCUGAAUGAUAACGACUGGUCGUAUGGGGCGGAGAAAAAAGCCAGGAAGAGAAAGUCAGAUAAGAAUCAAAAUUCCCCAAGAAGAUCCAAAUCUAUAAAACAUAAAAAUGGUGAGCUUGGGAGCAGCGUCAGUUCAGAGCCUUACAAGUACAACUAUAAUACUGGCAUCAGUUAUGAAACUUUAGGCCCUGAUGAAGUCCGAUCCCUUUUAACAACGUAUUUUUUAUUUCUACAGCAAUGCGGGGUGAUCUCUGAGCACACCAAGAAGAUGUGUACCAGGUCUCAGAGAUGUCCCCAGCACACGGACGAGCAGAGGAGGGCCGUCAGGGUGUUCCUCCUGGGGCCGUCCGCGCCGUCGCUGCCUGAUGCAGACACCGUGGUGGAGAGCGACAGCUUUGACAUUCCUGAUGGACAGACCCUGAUGAGCCGCCUGCAGUGGGAGGACUCACCUGAUAUUUCACCCGCUGACUCUGCCUCAUCUAAAGCCAGCACCAACCACUCAGAUUCUAGGAGGCCCAAGAAAAAGAAGAGGCCGUCUCUUGGUUUGAACAGUGGAGGAGGAGGAAGCUUGACCGGAGGCGGCGGCAGCAGCAGCAGCAGCUCUCAGAGUAAUAUCAGCUUAUCGACCAAAAAAAAGAGGCCCAAACUCUCCGCACCUUCUAUUUCCAGUAUCUAUGAUGACUUAAACUAGCAGUCUGUCAGACCAGCUCUUGCCUCAUCUAUGAAAUCCCUCCUUUCAUACCUACAUUUACAGGCCUAAAUAGGAUGGGAUGAAACUUGACUUAGUAGUUUGGAUUUCGGCCUUGACAAAUCAGGCAAUUUAAUGAACAUUUCUCUCUCUGUAUUAUGAACACAGCAAUCUAAAAACUGUGGUCGGUCACAGAGUUCAGUGUUCGCACUUACUGGAAAAAUGCUGUGCUAAAACUGAGCUUACCUUCUGCUUAUUCUAGUAGUUAUGGAGGGGUUUGCUCCCAUUCAGCCACAAAAUCAUUCAUAUGGUCGGCCACUGAUGUUGGGUCAUAAGGCCUGACUCCCAGUCGGCGUUCCAGUUCAUCCCAAAGGUGUUGAAUGGGACAUCAGGGCUCUGGGUAGGCCAGUCUCGUUCUUCCAAAACCAAACCAUCUCUUCUUGGAUCUGGCUUUGUGGAAUGGGGAAUUGUCAUGUUGAAACAGGAAAGUGCCUUUCCCCUUACUGCUGACACAAAGUUAGAAGCACAUUAUUAGCUUAAAUAUCAUUGUGUUACCAUUGUGCUACCAGACUAUAAAUACACAAAGGACCAGGGUGUCCACUUACUUUUGACCAUGAAGUUUGAGCAGCAGUUUGACACCAUUACUGCAGUCGGUCUCUGCUGUUCAACUUAAGUGGAGAAUUCACACCAUAUCCUUUUCACAGAAGCCAGGGCUGCACUCCAUUUAGCUUCCCUGAUUUCAGGGCCCUGCCACUGCAUGUUUGUUCACUGACAGGGUUUACACAGCCAUUCUCAUCCUGCAAUUACAACUCAAAAUAUCUGCUGUCAAAAAGGCAGGUUAGGAGUUUUUUUUCUCCACCCUUUUCUGGAAGUUAAAUGCAAACCGAGGUGAGUUUGUCCCUUAACAUCAACUACAACACAACUACUUAAUUCAAAGUUUAGGCAGGAGAAGUCUUGAAUUAGGCUUUCUGAAACCUCCAGGUACUCUGUCGCUGACACUGUCCUGUGACCGGUCCCUCCUUUAGACUCUGUGUUCAUUUAACUCUGUUUUGAAUUUGACAUGUGGACACUUGACUCACGUACACCGGAGUACUCAUCAGUGGCUUUUUAAUUCUAGCAUCGUAUUGCACAGUUGUGUGAGUGCCUCUGUAUGCUGACUCGCAUUCAGUGUGAACGUCACUUUUUCGUGUAGUGUGUGUGUGUAUGUGUGGUUAGAGGGUGUGUGUGUGUGUGUGACCAUUUAUAUUUUCAUAAAACUAUGCAUCCUAGAAUGUGACAUUUUUGUGAAAGUAUGUGUGCCAUUUUAAAUAUUUAACUUUUUUUGUUUACAUUAACAAUAUAUUUAAGUUUUUAUUUGUCACUACCUAUAAAGUGAUGCUGUAUGUAUAUUAUUAUAUGUGUGUGUAUAAAUGCAGAUUUUGAUAUUUGAUGAGCCAGUAGGCUUUCGGGGCACAUGUACAGUACAUGUAUAUAUGAUAUGUGUGAGAUGGAAAAGUAAUCAUGAAUCUAACGUAACUUUCUUUCCUCAGUAUCAAACUUCUCGUCUUCUUGUAUUUUCACUCAGUUUCUGCUUCUAGAUCAUAUCGUACAUUAAGUAGAUCAGUGCUGCAGUUCCUUGCUGGUCAUUUACGAUCGUGAGUGAUAAGUCAGCAUCUUCUAAGCCUAUAAGCAACAAUGUCUAAUGUAAAGGUUGUAAGAUAUAUUACAUGCUUUAGAGGUCAGAUGCACUAUUUCACUAAUCUUGUACUGGCAACUUUUCACAGUCGAUAUCUUAGAGAAGAUUUGUUUUUCUUAUAAAUUGGCUUUACAUACCUAACUCUUUACUGUUGCAGAUAUUAUUGUAUAGUCAAACGUGCAUACUUGAGUACAACAAUGAUGUAUUUUGUUUGUAUGUAUCAGAAUUACUUUAAAACUUGGGGACUGUAUGAAAAGAGUCAGGGUUCGAUCUCUUUUUCUUUUCGGCUAUUUCUGUGACAACAAUUAAAUGCAACACUGGCACUUGCCCUUCAGGAGACACAGGCUGAAAAUGUUCUACAUGAUGUUGAUAUUUAAGUGAUGUUGCAUCUCGCCCAUCUUUAUGACAGCCGGCCAUUCGUAACAACAAAUUUAUUUUCCUUCUGACGUAGUCGGAGAACACGUCGACAUUUUUUUUAAGAAGGCAGGGAAGGGUCUUUUUCUCCUCCCAGAUUAUAUUUUAUUCCAUUCUUUCCUUGUGAGAUUUAUUGUAGUAAAUAUGUGUGGCAUGAGUCAUAAAGGAAUGUCUCUGUAUUAAGGCAUCAAAUGAUUUAAAUUUUUUUUUCAGAAAUAAGGAAUGGCUUGAAUAUUUCCAAUAUUUUAUUUCCAGGUAUUGGAGGAAGGGUGGAAGGAAGUCUUGUAAGACUCAAACCCCUCUCCCCAUCUCAAUCACUUUCAUACGGUCCCUAAAGUGAAGGGCAUUCAUUCGGUUGUACGUCUCAAAUGUCAUGAAUGUGACAAUCUGUCAAAGCCUGAUUUAAUUCCCAGUACGAUUAACACUUUCAUAUCUGUUUCUGUUGAGGUCUGUAGUAACUUUGAGUGUGCCCUUUUAAGUCUUUUCCAGUAAAGUCUUGUGAUGUGCACUAAAGAUAAAUGAACUGUUAUUGAGAUACUUGGUAGAUAUGAUUAGAGUCUUAAGCCACCUUUCGUGGAUGAAGCUAACAGCUGAUGUUCUCUCGUGGCUCUUUGUGUAUCUGUGUGCAGUACGAGUGCAAUAACAAAGAAUGCGACGUUGUGAGUUUCCAAUAUUUUUUCAUGCGCAAGCACAAAUCUGUGCAUGUGUGAAUGACUGUAUACGAACAUAAUGUGAUAUAUUUUUCUUCACUGCCAUGCAUACUGGUGUUUGUAUAUAAAUAAACACACACCCCACCCA